GCUGAUUCUAAUGAAAAGGGCUUACACAGCGUAUGAAUAUUUGAAGGAGUUGGGUGGUGACUUGGGAGACACAUUUGCCCACGGCAUUCCUAUUGGUUUAUUGGUGACGUGAUGACACGGAGGAGUUGGGCUUAACACUUUAUAAAGCUCCUCUGUCCGCGGCGAGCCACUCUUUUAAAGAUCACUGUUGCUGAAACUUCUCAUCCCGCAACUCACGUACUGGAAGCAGCCGAGAAACCUCGACGUUACCGUCCAUCAUGAGCGAGAGACAAGGAUCUGGAGCAGCUGCUGGCAACAACAAGACAUCUGGAGCAGAAGAUGCUUCCAAGACGGACGUCCCAGAAGACUUUGACAUUGACAUGGAAAACCCGGAGACCGAGAAGGCGGCUGUCGCCAUCCAGUCCCAGUUUAGGAAGUUCCAGAAGAAGAAGCGUGUUGAGAAGUCCUAGUGAGCACCACGUUGCUCUGCCACUGUGUGUAGAGAAGGCAGCUGGAAGCGACGGCACAGUGACGAUGGUGUGACAUUUGCAUGUAAACAAAUUCAUACCUGUUGGAACUCCAGGGGUUGUGAUGGGGUUGGGGGGAGAGAAUGCAAUAGCCUGUUUAUCAUAUGACAUGUUUGUGAUUUCUUAAUUAUUAUAAUUACUAUAAUUUAUCAUUUGACUGUUGUAUCAAUUAAUUAGUAACCAAAAGAGUUAAAAAGAAAAUCUGGUUUCUGUCCUGUUCCAUGUAUGAUGACGUCUAGCUGGUGUUUGUGUUAGAAAUGUUUUUGUACUUAUCCCAGCCUCAUUAGUCAUACCUGCAACAUUGUUUUCUGUAUUGCUAAGGACUACGUUUCCCAAAAACACCUGUAUGUGUGUGAUUAGAAGGAGCAAAAGCUAAUGUUAGAGUGAAGGGUUUAGGAAACUUAGCCUAAAGCUUUCCAUCAUGAACAGAACAUUUCACCCAGAGGCAUUUUUCUUACCUGCAUGGUACUAUCAAGGUGUGUAUCAGUGUACAUUGAAUAAAUAAAGAUUAUGUGUGGAACAUG